UGAACAGACUUAAAGUUAUCUGUUAUGUUAUCUCUCCUAGAAUUAUCCACGGAAUUAUCAUAGGAGUAGAAUUUAAAGUGAUUUAAGUGACGAACAAACAUUAUGGAAAGUAAAAUAAAAGAUAAUUUAUUAAAAUCAUUGUCACAGCUCGAAAUGAAUAAAGAAUCUACAGUUCCCGUUAAACUUGAAAACAUCAUUCCCCCUAUGAAAGAUCGGGACUCACGAGGAAAUCAAAUAGAAGAUUUUAUCAAAGAACUUAAAUACAUUGUGGAGUGUAUAGAACAUAAUAAAAAAGAUUUUAGAUCUCUUAAUCCACCAAGUAAAUGUUUUUCCGAAGAUCCACUAACGAGAAUAACAAAUUUGAGAGAUUAUUGUUUUUUCUUUAUACGAGCUAUUCGCGAAAAUAUACUCUGGAGAUAUGUAAAUGUUGAAUAUGGAUUGUGGCCAUCAAAUGGCAUGUUUUGUGUUUGGAAAACAUUAUGUUUUGCAUUGUUUGACAAUCCGACUUUUUGUGAUACUCUUCUUCAUGAUAAACGAUAUUAUCCAACAAUUGUUCAAGAUUACAUUACUGAAAAAGUUCCACUAAUAAUGAAUACAGCUGUUAUUGUUUUAUCAGAUUCCGAUUUGGAUACAGUUGUUGCUUUUUUAACUUCAAUAUCUGAAGCUCCUUGUACUUGGAAAAUAACUGCAGUUUAUAUUCAAGAAGCAAUUGAGAAAAAAUUUGCCCAACUCUACAAAGAAAAGAAAACUGAACAUUCAAUAAAUUUGGAAUUAAUUAUGACAAUAUUUCGAUUUAAGGAAGAGAUUUCUUCGAAAUUCAAAGAUAAUCAUUGGGACGCAAUUUCAAUUUGGAGUGAAAAUGUUUUGUCUGCAAAAUCUUAUGUUAUGAAUAUGAUGAUUCCACUUGUUUGGAUUAAUUCUUUUGGUGAACUUGGUCCAGGAGUAGCGCUUCGAACUGAUACUAAACUUAAAUGUCCAAACGUUAGUAGAUUUGAAUUAAAAUCGGGAUUUUUCACAGGAUCUGGAAAGAAAUUUGAUCUUUUUUACGAUGGUUUAUGGAAGGAACCAAAAAAUGGAAAAUAUUGGACUGAUUGUAAAGGCAAUUCUUGGGCUUCUGCGUCACAAGAAGACGUAGAUAGUUGUGUACAAUCUGCGAAGCGUGCUUUUGAAAAAUGGCAUUUAACACCUUUUAGUAAGAGAAAAACAAUUUUACAAAAAUUUGCAGACAGAAUUUAUGCAGACGGAAAUAGACCUCUUGCUAAAUUAAUAAGAUCCCAACUUGAUAAUCCAAUUCUGUAUGGAAGUUCAUCAACAAUUAUUAGAGAUGGUAGUGUUGAAGUUUUGACAAUAAGAGAUCCUAAAGGAGUUAUUGCAAUUGGUAGAAAGGAUACGAAUGAUCUGUUUCUUCGUAUAAUAAACGCUUGUAUCGCUGGCAAUUCAACUAUAGUAAUGUACGGUGGAGUUUUGGCUCCAAUCAAUGAAUUUUGUGACAUGAUGAUUACAAGUGGAAUUCCACCUGGAGUCAUUAAUUUUUUAAGCUUUGAAAAUCUUUUUGAUGGAUUCCAUGAAGUUUACAAUAAUUCUGCUGUUGCUCAUGGAUGUUCACCAGCUUUUGAAGAAUUUGAUGUUUAUAUGCUCGAUUUUUUCAAAUAUUGGAUUGAUCUUGUAACUGAUGAAAAUGAUCCUCGAUUUAAUGAAAUGUUAUACACAAAAUAUACUCAACCAAAGUCAAUUUGGUUACCUUUCAAAUAAUUACUAAAUAUUUUAAGAAAAAAAAAAAUGAUUUUAAUACAAAAAAGAAAUGUAAACUUUUUAAACACAAACAAUGAAAAGAAACAAGUAUAUUUUUAUCCAUUUUGAAUAAAAUACAUUUCUUUAUUUUUAAACUAAGUUUCGUCAAGACUGACAUAAAAGCAUUUAUUGUACUUUUUUACAAAUAAUCUUUCUGUUAAAAAUAUUUUCUAUGACAGCAAAAAUAAAGAAUUUGAUACCUA